AUGGCUUCAACCUCCGAUAUCCCCAGCACAGCAGGGGGAUUCAUGCAGCCUUCUCUACCAUCUCCCGCGCCUUCAUCAUCCACCGCCACGCCGUCCAUCCUGCCUAAGCAGAGAUCGCACCCCUUGCGGCCAGGAUCCACCAAGGAAACGACCGUCAUCAACCACGUUGACCGGGUCAUCUUGACCAUCAAUCGGCGCCAUGCUAAGAAGUUCAGCAGCGCCUACGAAGAUCCCUCUCAGCCUGCCUCUGUUCAGUCAGAGCGAGGCUACGAGAGUUUUCAGGAAGUUGCCAAAGGCAUCGAGGGUUUGGUCGAUGUGCUUUGGGUUAGUGGAACUCCAACCCUCCAAAUCCCAUACCUCAUCUCCCUCGCAGUCCUAGUAAACAGCUCUCUCCCGGACUACCCCUUCAAUUCGAAGCCCACCUUCCGGCUUCUCAAGAAACUAGACACGGUCUUCGCCUCGCUCCUCACAGGCGAAGAUGCCGACUCCGGCGUCCCGCUUUCUGGAUUCGAGACGCACCGGAACGUCGUAUCUAUGACCGAGAAGGUCCGCAUCAAGAGUAUUGCCGAGACGUGUCGCGUGACAGUUGUCGAGGCGCGUGAGACGGUCGAUGAGUUGGCUGAUGAGGAUGAGAGCGACGAUGAUGACGAUGAGUUGGAGAUGGAGGGUGUCUACGGGACGAGGGACGGUUCUAAUUCUGAUUCUAAUGUCUAUGCUGAUGCUCCCGGACGCUGGGAGAUGGAGACGGCUCGGGUCUACGAGAAGACGAUCCAGUUGCUAGGGGAUGAGUUGGGGAGAGCGGGUGAGUUCUGUGAUGAGAAUAUGGCUAUGGGGGAUGAGGUUGAUGGAGAGGAUGGGGGUUGUCAGAUAUGA